GCGGCUCCCUCGGAAGCUGAGCGGUAGUAGGUGGUGUCGGCCUGCUAGCAAGUUUCGCCGAGCUAGCAAUUAGCGUCAGGGCAGUGGCGUCAGAGAUGCAGUUUGUUUAGAAGCAGAAUGGAGGAACCAUGGGGGUGAAGUAGUUGACCGGAUUGGACCGGAGCAACUGUCUUUCGGACGUGAUACAGGCUGGCUUUUUGUGGGGCCUCCAUAGGAGCAUUGAUACGCAUAGCGCAAGUACGGAACUAGGAUUUAAUCAGGGAGGAGGGGAGGCCUCCAAGUGGACAAGCGGAGGGAGGAAAGAACCCGACUGGAGAAGAAUGGAGGACAAAAAAGAAGAGGGUGAGGCAGAGAUUCAGGAACACGGACCGGAACAUUGGUUUUCUAAAUGGGAGCGGCAGUGUCUGGCUGAGGCCGAACAAGAGGAGCCCCUAGAGGAAGAGGCCGAGCAGAGUCAGCAGAAGCUGUGGCAUCUCUUCCAGAACUCAGCCACGGCCGUGGCUCAGCUUUACAAAGAUCGCGUUUGCCAGCAACAAGGAAUGUCACUGUGGGCCCCUUUCCAGAACGCUGCUACAGCUGUCACCAAUCUGUACAAAGAAAGUGUGGAUGCCCAUCAGAGGACCUUGGACUUAGGAAUCCAGACUGGAUGCCAGCGACGCAAUAAAGAAGUUUUAGCCUGGGUUAAGAAACGCCGACGAACUAUCCGUCGGGAGGAUUUGAUCAGCUUUCUGUGUGGCAAAAUUCCGCCUCCACGUAAUUCUCGUGCACCACCGAGACUGACUGUUGUUUCACCCAACCGAGCUACACCAUCUGAAACUGGCUCAUCUGUAGAGACUGAUUUGCAGCCCUUCCGAGAAGCAAUAGCUCUCCAUGGACUGAGUGGUGCAAUGGCUAGUAUUAGUGUCCGCUCCAGUACUCCAGGCUCUCCAACUCAUGUUAGCGGCAGUUCUACCAGUAGCCGAAGGAGAAAUGGACUCCUUGAUGUUGAUUUGAACACUUUCAUAUCAGAGGAAAUGGCACUCCACUUAGAUAGUGGCAACCGCAAACGUACCUCAGCCCAAUGCGGCGACGUCAUUACAGACUCGCCAACUCACAAACGCAACCGACUUAUGUAAAUCUGCAGAAGACUCUACCACCAUGCUGCUUUGAAGCCACUUUUAAUCCUCAACAUACUGUUUAAAAGGAAACAUGAGGCCCAUCUUCCCUUUUCACUGUUAAAGACCCUUCAAUUAAAUAAUUGCUGUUAAGCAAGCUCCUGCUAUUGUAAUUGUGGUUUUCUUUAAACUAUACACCCAGCCCAGGACGUCUGGCUUGUGUAAUAUUUGGAAAGAUUAUCAUAACGUGAACAUCAGUUCAUUCAGUGCAAAGUGACCUUACUUGUAUUUAAAAGGGAAAACGUAAAUUGUUGGAUAGUAUGGCUUUUAUUUUUUUUAUUUUUUUUUAACUAUAAAUCCCCAACUGGUCUGAGUAUUUCGCUUCAACAAUAUUGCAAUUUUGGAUUUGCCUAACUCAGCUGUGCAGGUCAGUCGUCAGUUCCAUUUUUUUUCAGGCACCUAGUUACUACAAAUAUACUGCAGUUUUUCUUUGAUACUACUAUGGUGAGAUGUCCAGAGGUGCUAUGGUUCUGCUACUAAUAGUUAACAAUGGAUCAGUAAAAGGCACUUUUCACUGGGUUAAUUUUUGUUUUAGUGCUGUCCUUUACCAAUAUUAAAUCUCCUCCAAGGUUACUCUUAAUAGGCUUUUAAUAUUGUCAGUUUAAACACAUUUAUGCUCAUACUUAUAUGCUGGUUGUAUCAUUGUGGGGUAAAUGUAAACUGUAUAAAUCACCCUAGAGUUUUCAUCCCCAUACAUUGUUUUAAAUACGUUUUUUACCUUGGUUUAUCUGUGUUCAGUAAGCUAUUGAUUUACAGGUUAGUUCUGUAUAGGCUGCAUAUUUUCUAAUUAUGAUUGCAAAUGCUUU